AUGUUCAGAUCCACCCUUGUCCGUCAAGCUGCCAAAGCACUUGCUCGGUCACCACGGCCCGCUGUGUUGGCAGCUACGGAACAGCGAUCUUUAGAUACCUUUGUCCGCUCGCUCUCAUCGACAGCUCUCCGUUUGAACAAAGACGAUGAUAUCAAGAAAGACCCCUUCCUAACAGCGACCAACAAAGCUCCCGAGGGCACAUUGGGAGAGACAGAAGGUCGCUUUGCCCGUACUGAUGAGAAUGUCAAGUUCGAGUAUCCCGAUGACGAGAACAUGCCUCGGUCUCCAAUUGUUCAGGGUCGUGGUGGUAUGCAUUUCAAGCGUACACUCGCUCAGUUUUCGCUCGAGAACAGGGUUACUCUUGUGACUGGUGGUGCUCGUGGCCUGGGACUGACCAUGUCCCAGGCAAUUGUAGCUUCAGGAUCAGAUCUGGCCAUUGUUGACUUGAAUAGAGAGGAAGCGCAGGACCAGGCCGCAAAGCUCGUGGAGCAAUUUCAGAAGGAAAAUCCGGGUCUGGAGUCUGACCAAUUGCCUACCGUCACCGCUCACUACGCCGACGUGUCCAACCCCGAAUCCGUGAACAAUGCCAUUGCAGAAGUCAUUGAGAAACACGGGAAGAUUGAUCACCUUGUUACCUCUGCUGGGUUUACUGAGAAUUUUGACGCCAUUUCGUAUCCUUACGAUCGAAUGCAGAAGUUGUGGGGUGUCAAUGUGGAUGGGACCUACUUGUUCGCUACCGGAGUCGCCAAGCACCUCAUGGAGCGCAAGGCACCGGGUAGCAUUGUCAUGAUAGGUAGCAUGUCUGGUGCUAUUGUUAACGUUCCCCAGCCUCAAGCUCCUUAUAAUGCAGCCAAAGCCGCUGUCCGUCAUCUUGCCUCUUCUUUCGCCGUUGAGUGGGCCCAGCAUGGCAUUCGCGUUAACUGUAUCAGUCCCGGAUAUAUGCUUACUGCACUUACUCGGAAGAUCCUCGAGGAGAACCCCGAGCUCCGCGAUAAGUGGAUAUCUCUCAUUCCUACCGGCAAGAUGGGUACUCCAGAAGACCUGAUGGGUGCUGUUACCUUCCUCCUGAGUGAUGCUUCCCGCUACGUUACGGGAGCUGAUCUCCGUGUUGAUGGUGGCUACACUCUGACUUGA